CUGCAUGAUCUUUACGGUCCCCUAUUCAGGGUCUCGUUAGGACUACGGUACUCAUACAAACGCAUUGAGACUGUGACUGUCUGUUGGACACGGCGGCUGUUCUUGGUUCGCACAUUGGUACCGCCUGGUAGGGUAUACCCAAGAGAGAAUUCCUGCGUAAGCUCGACCAUCAGUCGCCCGCGAUGAUUCGAAGAGGGCGACUACAAGGCUGGCUCAAACGCCCUAUAUCCGAGUUUCGGCCAUGGGCAGAGUUCAAUGGCGUCUCAUUCGACGGUAUCAAGAUAGGGCCGCUACCUGGAUUUGAGGGCCGCGGGUCAACCGUCAUAGCGGAGCGAGACCUGGCUACAGGCAAAGAGCCACCUCUCGUGGUUGUGCCCACGGAUCUAAUUCUCUCCCUGGAAGGCGUAAAUGUAUCUGCAAAGGCUGACCAGCAACUGAAAGAGCUGCUUGACUCCUUGGGUCAGUUCGGAAGAACUGCUAGAGGCGCUAUAUUGGUGUUCCUCCUCUUCCAGGCUUCAAUAUCAUGCCCAGAUAUACCAGAAAGUGUGGGAGUGCCAUGCCCACUGACAGAAUAUAUCAAAUUUCUUCCUGAGGAGCUUCUACCCACCUUUUGGACCGAAGACGAACACGAAAUCCUUUUAGGAACCACGCUAAAACCGGCCAUCAACGCGAAACUUAAUAGUCUAUUUCGGGAAUUUGAAGAGGUCAGGACUGCUACAGCUAAUAUAGGAUGGUGUAAAAAGUAUUGGUGGGAUGAAGAUGACGGCUUCAUUACUUUCGAUGACUGGAUGCAAGUGGAUGCAAUGUAUCGAUCCCGGGCCCUCGAAUUUCCCGGCAUAGGAGACUGUAUGGUUCCUUGUGUAGAUAUGGCGAAUCAUUCGUCUGGCGAUGCGACAGCCGCACUAUACGAAAAGGACGAAAAUGGAAACGGCGUGCUUAUAUUGCGCGACGGCAAGAGUAUCAAGAAGGACGGGGAGAUAACAAUCACAUAUGGCGACGACAAGGGAGCGUGUGAAAUGAUAUUCUCCUAUGGAUUCAUUGAAGACUCCAUGGACUCUGCGAAGGUUAUGUUCAUUGAUCUCACGAUACCAGACGAUGACCCUCUCCGGGCAGCGAAGCUAGCUGUCAGUACCGCCGCACCAGGGUUCCGAUUGUUCGAUAAAGGUGAUCGUACGGACUGGGAAAGUGACUUCAUAUGGCUCGUCUGCAUCAAUGAAGAGGAUGGUCUCGGUAUCAACUUCUUGCGGACAAUCGACGGCAAAUUGGAGAUGAAGUCUCUUUGGAAGGAGGAAGAGUUGGCUGGCACUGCAGAUCUAAGAGGCCUUCUUCAAAACGAAGAGCUGUGGGAUGUCUACCAAUUGCGCGCGGUUGCCAUUCUGCAAGGCCGCGUCGAAACCCAGAUUAGGACGCUCUACGAGACGGGUGAUCCUGAAAGAGGAGACCACAUUAGAGACAUGCCGUGGAAGCUAGCCGGGAGACUCCGUGAACUCGAACUAACACUGUUAGAGAGAGCCUACGGAGACCUCGAAGAUCAGAAGCUUGUGCUCGUUCAAUCACAGGUCGUUAGGAAGUAUCUCGGCCUGGAUGAUGACGAGGCCGUAGAAGAAGAUUUUACCUAGGCAGGUUUGCUUCUGAGAGAAACGGCUUUCGGUAGAAAAGCAAUAGCCACGGCUAUUCAAGAAUAUCA